GCGAAGUUGGAAGAAGAGUGAGGAAGAGGAAGAAGAAGAAGAAGAAGAGGAGAUGAAUUUGAGAUGGAUGGAAGCGGUGUUGCCGCUGGGAAUCAUAGCGGGAAUGCUCUGCGUUAUGGGAAACGCUCAGUAUUAUAUUCACAGAGCCGCGCAUGGCAGACCUAAGCACAUCGGGAACGAUUUGUGGGACGUGGCUAUGGAGCGAAGGGACAAGAAGCUUGUCGAACAUGCCUCUUCCUCCGAUUGACACCGUUGUUUUGCCAAUGUCAUUGUGAAGAAAAUAAACUGCUCGCCUGGAUUUCUGGCUGUUUUCUGGGGAAGCAGUGUGAAUCACUAGAAUCAAAUUCCGUCUGUUUUCUUGUAUGCAAUUCAACAUCAGAUUUAUAAAUAUAUAUAUGCUCCAAUUACAAUUGCUUUGCUAAGCUUCGCGGUUGAAAUAGGCUUGUGAAAACUUAGUUCGGAGAUAUUUGUUGCCUUUUAUAAUCUGACUAUUUUUUGCUUGACUUGUGACUACAAAUCUUGCUAGUUGAUGUCAACGGUUGAUGAAUAAUUAUGUAAAGUA